UUCUUGGAGCGAGUCCGCUUUGGAACGUCGCAUGUUUGCGAGUUCCAUAGAACGUCGCGGGUUCUCCUUGCAGAAAGACGGGCCGGGCCGGGCGCCAUGUGGCGAGGGAGCCGCUGCCUGCGAGCGCUGCUGGCCUUGACGCCUCGGGAAGCUGCUGCUGCUGCAGCCGUCGGCAGCGCCAGAGGAGCGCGGAGGUUGUUCGAGGCUGUGAAUCGAGCGGGGGUGGCGCCGCUCCGCGUCCCCUCGUGGGCGGCCUCGUCGGGGUUGCGGAGCUCCAGCGGCGUGGGGAGUUCUGAGCUGCGGGACGCAGAGGACGCCGCCGGAGAGGAACAGCAAGACUGGCACGAAGAGGAUGGCGCUGGGCCGGAGCCUCCGUCGGAACUGGUUCCUUCAACAUUCAGCAUUGAUCAGAUGGUAUCACUUCUGAGACAAGAGAACGCUAAAGACAUUUGUGUUAUCCAGUUGCCUCCGGAAAUGAAGUAUAGCAAUUAUUUUAUCAUUGUCAGUGGAUCUUCUCCAAGGCAUCUCCACGCCAUGGCUCACUAUCUGAUAAAAAUGUACAAGCAUUUGAAGACAGAGUCUGCUUCUCAUGUUGUGAUAGAAGGAAAAGACACUGACGACUGGCUGUGCAUAGAUUUUGGCAAUAUUGUGGUCCAUUUCAUGUUGCCAGAGACUCGUGAAAUCUACGAAUUGGAAAAGUUGUGGACACUCCGAUCUUACGAUGAUCAGUUGGCACAGAUGCUCCCGGAAUCCUUACCAGAUGACUUCAUUUUUGGACUAAGUUCUGAACAACAAUAAUUAGUUCUCUAAACAGGGCAAAAAAACUCCAAAAAUGUAAUUUGCAUAAACUGUGCUGUCCUGCUGGGCUUUGGUGCAAGAGAAAUGGAGAUCAGAUAACCCUUCACCAAGAAUGGCCAAGAACUCAGUGGCAGCCUUAUGGAAUAGAUGUAUACAGAAUACAGCUUAUUAUGGAAUAUAUGACAUACAGAAAAGGAAAAUUGUCAUAUUGCAAAACGCAUAUUCUGGGAAGAAAGGGGGACUUGCAUCAUGCAGAGAUCAGUUGGUGGAACCCAAUGGUUGUUUCCGUCAAAAUGUGGGUCUUUCCCCCUGCAGACAGUGGCUUUUGGUGGCACAAAUGUUUUUUGCUGUGCUACUAUGUCGUUAAUGAUUUUUUCAGAUGAAACUCAGUCUGAAAGGUAUGAUCAAUAGGAUGGCUAAAAGCAGAAGAAAUAAAACUAUGGUCACUGAA